AUUGGGGAGGGUGAGGGUCUCCCCAGUGCCGUGGCAGUGCCGGCACUUCCUGGUGAGGCCUGGGCACUGCUCAGGGGCUCCCCACUGCUGCCCUUCGGAGCUGCUCCACGGCCAGGAGCAGGGUCGGGAGGCAUCGGGGCUGCGCUGGGGGACUCUUGCUGACAGGCAGAGCAGGGGCACGUCAGAGAGGAGGUUUGGGUGAGGAGCUGCAAAGAGCAGCCCUUUUUUCUGAGCUGAGAGCAAGCGGCAAGCGCCAUGGAGGGCUGCUGCACCGUGGCCAUCAGCUUGGAGCUGAGCAGCUUGUUCCCCUCCCUCCUGUGUCUCUCCACCAAGGAGGUUGUGACUAUCUGGGAUGCUGUGUCUGCGUACAUCCUGGGACAGCUGAAGCUGGACAAGGGCGUCCUGCUCCCAGGACUCAGGACCUUCACUAUGGUCCAAGAGCGAUUCCAGGGUGAAGAAGAGGUGUUUAUGGCUCGAAGACCAGUCUUCCAGCUGAACAUGGACAAGGCGUGUCUGCAGGAGCUCACGUUCCCCACAGGGGUUAUCCCUGAGGAUGUCGAGAUCAAGCCGCUGAACUACAGGUGACUAUCACAAGCCACCUCCUUCCCGCGCCACAUGGUGGAGGACUGCAUGCGAGACACCAUACUCCUCUACUCUUUCCAACUGAGGAAGAAGCA